GCAAGCAGCGCCACCACACAACACACAGCACAGCACGACCAUGGCCGACCACGACGAUGCGAGCGACAGCGCUGUGGGGGAGACGCAGGUGCCCGAGACGCAACCGGUGACAGAGACGCAGCAGGAAAGCCAAGUGCCCGAAACAGUGCCCGUGUCAACCAAUGUAGAGGAAGAAGAGGCCACAGAACAACUGCAGGUGCCAGAGACCCAGGUCCCAGAAAGCCAGGUGCCGGAGACCCAGGUGCCGGAGACUCAGAUGCCUGCUGCCGCUGCUACGACACAGGAGGUAGAAGGCGAGAAGGAAGAGAGGGCUGACAAAGAAGGAGGGGAAGAUGUGCAGAAGGACACCAGCAGCGCUGAGGCUGGUGACGCUGCUGAGUCGCAGGUGGAAGAAACACAGGCGCCAGCAACGAUGGACGCAGCAGCGGACGCCGAUGAUGACAGUCACAGCCAGCAGCAGGAGGAUGUUGAGACUGACAGGGAACCGGACAACGAUGGAAAAGAAGGAGAGCAACAAGACAAGACGAAGGACGAGGGUGAAGGGGACAACGCAACGGAUGUCACUGCAGGAGAUGACGACGACACGGUUGCCACGGCUGCCGCUGAUGAUGCUGAUGAUGAUGGCGCUGAUGCGAAGAAGGAUGGGGCGGGCGAGGACGAGGAGCAACCGGGCGUAGUUGCAGUUGCAGCUGAGAAGUCGCAGCCAGUGAAGCGAGUGGUGGAGAGCGAUGACGAGGAGGACAGCACCCCAGCAGACGCGGCUGCUGAAGAGGCUGCUCCUGCCCCAGCCGAAACGGCGGGCAAUGGAGGCGAUGAGCCCUUGGUUGACAAGAGCGCCAUGCUGGACGCCAUCUUUGGUGACAGCGAUUCCGAGGAGGAAGGCACCUUUGAAGGAUACGAAGAAGUGCCGGAGGUGCCAUCUCCACCACCCACGCCGAAAACAGCGCCCAAGCGGAAGAAGACGCAGCCAGCAAAGGCCAGAGGCAAGCGCCGCGCGGCAGCAAACAGCGACGAUGAAGAAGACAAUGAGCGCCCAAUGCCGGCAGCAGCAGAUCCGUUUGCCCGCAAGAAGCCCAAGCGACGCAAGAACGCUGGCAUUGACACGAACGUGGAUGACAAAGCAAAGGCGAUUCUCAACGAGAUGAAGAAGGCAGCCGACGCCGACAAUGCGGCGCGCGCAAACCGACAGCCGGCGCUCAACAAGCUGAUGAUCCUGGACAAGGUUGUGACGGCCAUCAACAAGCCACAGCUUCAGCCAAUUCUGCUUGACAACCGCCUGUUUGAUUAUCUCGUGCUCUGGCUGCAACCGUACGAGGACAGCACACUCCCAAACGUCAACGUUCGCACCCGCCUUCUCCGCGUCAUCUCCACCAUGACAGUCAGCAGCGAUGACAGCCACCAGCUCAGAGAAAGCCGACUGCCGGUCGUGUGCGAGCUGCUGCGUCGCCAUCCGCUCGAGAGCAGCGAGAACAAACGCCGCCUCGCUGUCAUCAAGGACAAGUUCAGCCGCAUCCUCGUCUCCGCCGGCGAGCUCGAAGCGCAGCAGCAGGCGGCUGAGGAGGAGCGCCUUCGCCGCCGCAUGCGCCGCGUCGGCCCCGCCCGCAGCCAUCGCAGCGUCCAAGACACAUCCGCCCUCCGCCCCGGCGACAAGGGCUUCAUCAUCCGCGCCCGCGUGCCCCAGCCAGAGGAUCGCGACUACGUGAUUCGACCAGAGAGCAAAGUCACCCAGGACUUUGAUACAACUGCUAGGGCUGCGCGCUCGCAAGGGAGGAUGGCGGACUUCAACCGCAUGUUCAAGAGCCAGAAGAACAAGUCAAAGUCCCGCAACGUGUCCGCUGUGCAGGUGAACAUCACGGGCUCCUUCAGCGGUGGUAAAUGACGUGUACACGAGGAACAGGGCAGCAUCCUUUCUCACCACAGCUGGCUGCUUAGCUCUCCUUGAAUGUGUUGUGAUGUGAAUGUGUGCGUGUGUGCGGGGGGGGUGAGGUGUGGUGAUGAUGGUGGUGAUGAUGAUGAUGAUGAUGAUGAUGA